AGCAGGAAGUAGUCGUUGCACAAACUUCCGACAAGGAUGCGCGAAACCCUGUAAGGGAUUUCCCUUUAUUUGAUAUCCUUGUUGAUUGCCGUGAAAGAGAAGAAACGCAGUAUUGAAAGGCUAGAAACACAGCGCCAGUCAUGUCAGAGACAUACGAUUUCCUGUUUAAGUUUCUUGUGAUAGGAAAUGCAGGAACUGGAAAAUCUUGUCUGCUUCAUCAGUUUAUAGAAAAAAGAUUCAAAGAUGACUCGAAUCACACUAUUGGGGUUGAAUUUGGCUCAAAGAUAAUCAGUGUGGUCAAUAAGUUUGUCAAGCUCCAGAUCUGGGAUACAGCCGGACAGGAACGUUUCAGGUCUGUAACACGCAGCUACUACAGAGGGGCAGCAGGGGCUCUUCUUGUGUAUGACAUCACUAGUCGAGAAACAUACAACGCUCUGACUAACUGGCUGACAGAUGCCAGGAUGUUGGCCAGCCAGAACAUAGUGAUCAUACUGUGUGGAAAUAAGAAGGAUCUGGAUGCUGACCGUGAAGUCACCUUCCUGGAGGCCUCGCGCUUCGCUCAAGAGAACGAGCUCAUGUUUUUGGAGACCAGUGCUCUAACAGGGGAGAAUGUGGAGGAAGCGUUCGUCCAGUGUGCUCGGAAAAUCCUUAACAAAAUAGAGUCAGGAGAGCUGGACCCGGAGCGGAUGGGUUCAGGAAUCCAGUACGGAGAUGCAGCAUUGCGGCAGCUGCGUUCUCCCAGACGGGCUCAGGCAGAGAGCGUGCAGGAGUGUGGCUGUUAACACAGAUCCCAGACAACCGACCAACCAGGUUUUGUGAACACGAGGAGGAGGACAUUAGUGGGGCGUGUGACGUACGGCUCAUCGUGUUGGAGCGACUGUUUCCCUCACCUUACUUUUACUUCUGUUCUGACAUGCCGGGGACCCCCUUGAACUCCAGAAGGAACCGGAAAAUGUUUACUGUCCCCCUCGCGGGCCCAGGCAAAGACAUCUGUGGUACCCAAAACCCUGAGGGUAGUUAAAAGAUCUGGCCCUUGCCCCUGAGAAUACUGCACUGAGCCCCUGCCCCGUCUUUCCCUUUUCCAUAUGUAGUUGUUGUGUAGAGAAGCGUUUAUAUUAUCACCGUGGAGCAUGUUUCAUGGUUGCAGUGCUAUAACAUAUUCAUAAAUGACUAUAUACAGCAUAUAUAUAUAUAGCUGCAUCACUGCUCUGUGGCAAGCACCUGUAAUUCUUAUCAAUGAUGUGCAUUAUCUCGCUUUAAUUAGGUUUAUUUUUUUCCAUUAUUGUUAGUAUGUUUUAGGAAAGUAUAUUAGAAAAUGUUUUUGACAUUUGUCAAGAAAUCUUUUUUCUUGUGUUAUAAUUUACAUUCAGAAAUGUCAGCCGGUGCACACUUACAUUCAUAUAACACUGUAAUACACUGUCAGUAUGAACAGCUUCAAAAUCAGUGUUACAUGCUCUAUAUUUAUUGUAAAGCAUUUCUGUGCUGCAGUCCCAUUUUUAGUUGUUGGAAUGGCACGGAUGUAUUUAAAGUGAUUCCUUGUUUUCUUUUUUAAAAAAAAUGUGUGUUUCUUUUUUUAAUCUUCUACUUUUCCCCUGUUCUUCUCCUAUACAUUUUAAAUGUACAUAUCUCAAACAAGCUUGUAUCGAAAAUGAAUGAUAAAUCAUUGUGGAUCCCACUUCACAAUGCUUAUCAUUAUGUCUUUAUAUCAGUAAUUUUAUGUUUGUAAAAAUUUGAAAUGGGAUCGAUUGCCAAUAGUCAUGUUUAACAUUGUACUGAAUGGUAGUUCCUUGUUUUUUUCAUCAAUGCUGCAGCUUCACUUUACAUCAACCUCAAAAAAGUACAUUUUAGCUGCUGAAUGUAAAUCAGUGUUUAUAAAUUUGUGUAAAACUUCCAAUCCUAUUUUGCUGGACACUCAAGUUUUCUUAAAAAAAAAAAAAAAAAAGCAUUAAAUGAAUUAAUUUAAAGUGAAUAAGAGAGACAAUGCCAGACUUUUAAAUUGCUCCUUGGGUCUGACACAUGGAUAAGAUCUUGGCAGGCUUGCAGAAUCCCAGUGUCCAGGAACAGCAUGCUCUAAUGAGUUGGUGAUAUAAUACAUUUGACUUGUGCAUUAGUGAGAAUAGAGUUUCAUAUAUUAAUGGCAGGCCUGUGUACAAAGAAUCCUUAACUACAAACAUAAGAACUACUUUUACAUCCAUAUUAUGCUUGUGAAAAGUUUUAUACUUUUUUUUUUUUUACAUUAACAUUACAAUAACUCCCUCUAAACAGCAACCUGUUUAAAUGUUAAGACUGAAAAAUAACAUUUACUACCAGACUGCAUCCUCAUAAGGUUUAAAAAUUCACUAUUAAUGACCUAUUAGUGUGGUGAAACACCAUUGUAAAUGUUACACAUUUAAACGCAUCUCAGUUUCACAAGCUGAAAUCGAAACACAUAAACUUUAAUACCCUUCAAACUUGUUUUUGAAUCAGUGGAGUGCAUAUUCAUCAUCUUUAUGAUAAACAUCAUUUAAUAAACAUUAUGGCUUCAAUACUUUUACACUAAAACCAACACUAUUCGCAUAAUACAUGCCAGAACUGACCAAAAAGAUGCGAUGAGGAAAAAUACCUGUACAUUUGUUCAUACAACACAUGCAUUCUUCCAUUAAAGAUGAUGGAAGAAUGAUUUCUUCAUCUGUUUUUUCCACUUCCUGUCUGGUUUUUGCUCGCAAUUCUGACUCGUGGAUCUGAAAUAAUUAUAACUACUGAAUUCAGAAUCAGUUCAAUAUCCUUAUAUAAAUAGUGUACAAAUAUCUCAAUCUCAUUAUUCCUAAAAAAUAAGUUACAUACAGUAAAAUACAACACGAAAUACCUGAGUGCUACUAAAAACCAAAUAACAUCACACCGAAUGAAAGUUAUUCUUGAUGAUGAACAGCUGGAAUGGCUUUGAUGUGUAUGAUCUCAUUCAAACAUGAUUUGUCAUUUUGCUGUGUAUGUUUCAUGCUUUGGAUACCAGUGACUUUUUACAAAUGUACAAGUAAAAUCUAAUAGAGCUCAUAUCAAAGAAAACAGAUUAAUAUAAUAGAAUGACUAUUUAAGUAAGUGUUGCUUAACACUUCACAAAGAUUCAUGUUGACGCAACUAAUAUCUGUAAAAUACAAAACAGAUUUCUUUACGUUAACUCUAAAUGUUAAUCAAUGUAAACAAUGGAGAUAAUACACAACAUUACAACACAUCACAUUAUAUGCCUCUAAUUGUCUGACAAUUACUGAACACUUUUAAAUAAUUGUUUGGCUAAGAGUGUAAAGAGACGCUGGUAAAUCUCAUGGCCUGUAAAUCUACGCAACCUACCAAACCAACAAGGCAUGUGAUUGUUUGACAGUUUGCCCUGCAGCAUCAAUGGAUUGUGUUUUCAUGUUUGAUAUGUACCAGUAAAUGCAACAUAUCCAUGGUGUAAAUAAACCCCUAAAAAACCUUGA